AUGGCACAGACGGAAUUGCAUUUGGACGGAUUGGGUAUCCGCAAGAUCGUGGAGACACCGCCUGGAAUCAAGGUGCUGUCAAUCAGCGGAAAUCGUCUCAGAAGCCUGGGUUCUAUUGCGGCGUGCGUGACGUUGGAGGAGAUCAACCUUGCAGCCAAUAAGUUAAAUGAGGACGCCUUAGCACCGCUGGCAGCGCUGCCAGCCCUCAGGGUCCUCAACAUCUCCAGGAAUCACGUCCGCGACCUUGGGCCGCUCUUCUUGGCGCCACCCGCCUUGGCACAAAGCCGCGCCUUCCCGGCUCUAGAAGUCUUGAACAUCUCGGCAAAUGCGGCUCUCAGUGAUGUGACUGCAGCAAUGUCACUGCAAGUGUUGCGGAGCCUUACAGCCACCGGCCUCAACGUGACGUCUCUGCACUGUGUCCACUGCAGCCUGGAGGUGAUAGACCUGCGUGGAUGUUGUCUGCAGAGGGUUUCCUCUCUGAAGGCAGUCCCGUACUUGUCUGAGAUGAUGCUGGACGGCAACGCGCUUUUGUCCUGCAAGGACUUGCUGGAGCAUUCAAUGCUGCAGACCCUUCGCUUGGCUCACAACGCCAUCGAGGAAAUCGGUGCAGUUCAGCUUCCUUCUCUGACAGAGCUGGAUUUGGCAUCCAACAACAUCUCCCAGGCUUUGCAUCUGGCGGGAGCUCCUCGCCUGGUGUCUCUCGUCGUUCGCGGCAACCAGCUCACAUCGCUAGUUUCGCUUUCACCAUUGCGCAGCCUCACAUUCUUGGACGCUUCGCAGAAUCAAUUGCGUGCGCUGGAGCCAUCUUUGCGUUGGAGUCUGCGACCGCUGCGAGUGCUCUUGCUAAAUGGCAACGAGAUCGCCGAUGUGGAGGAUGUUGCACAGACUAUGGAAAUGGCCGGUGGCUUGAGCUUGGAGCAUCUGGAUCUGCGGAACAAUCCCCUCAGUAUCGCCUUCUAUCCGUUUGCAGAGAAGUUGCCCACAUGGACAUGGGAAGCAAGUGCAACCCUGGAAGACUUCGCUUCCAUCAGUGACGGCUACGACUCAGUACCGCGAAGCUUGCGAGAUCGUUACUGGCACCGGAUGUCGCUGUUGAGCCCUUCGCUGCAGAGCUUGGAUGGGAUGCUGAGGGAUGCACGGCGCUUGUCUGAAACUGCGGCCCCGAAGCAAGAUCGUUCCGCAGGUCUUGCACUUCAAGGAGCAGAUGGCGAUGAGGUGAUGUAUUGCACGCCCAGGCGCAGUGCAGAAGCCUCAACGCAGGACUUCGUGGCUGAAGCCACUUUCAGGGGCAACGAGGCCAUCCCUUCAGAAGCUCUGAGAAGCCAAGGCAUCAACUCCCAGCUUCCGACGCAGCCGCUGACGGUGGACACAGCCGACGCAGCCACUUCGCCCGUCUUCCGGGAACGUGAAGGCUCACGUGAAGCGGCUUCCGGUGGAAUGUCGACCGAAGCGCUCCUGAAUUUGGGCCUGGCGCCUGAGCUGCUCGGUGAAGCGCAGCGAAGAGCAAGGAGAGCCGAACAGCCACCUGUCGUCCUGGCGAUGGAGGUGGCAGCCGCAGCUGCCGCGGCCGCGGUCUCUGCCGCAUCAACAGAUCAGGGGUUCGGCCGGUACCAAGCAGGAACCUCGCCAGCACAGCGAGGAGGUGCCUCAGGCCGCCGACAUGGCUCGGAGCAGGCCGAGACAUCUGCAGCUGAAGGUGGCCCCAGCCCGGGCGCAUGGACUGGAGAGAAGUCGGUUCCCGACGGUCAGGCAGAGCAGGUUGACGAAGGCGUUACUUCAAGUCAAGGCUCCUUCUUGCCCGUGGUUGACUUGAGUGCCUGUGCCGGACGCGGUCCACUCCCGGCAGCAGACAGCCUGUCGGCGCGGGCUCCAGCUCAGCUCCCAGGCGUGAGUUCUGGCCAGCCUGACGAGGAGACCCUGCCGAAGUUUACGGAGCUGCGGGAGGAGUCGUUGAAAGACCAGCAGCAAGUGGCACCACAGGCUCCAGCAGCGCCGGGCGGAGUUCGGAAAACGGCAGAUGCAAGCGAAGCGGUGGCCUCGCAAGUCCCGCAGCUACUGGACGUUCUCCAGCUGGAGGAUGCACUGCGGGAGGAGCUCUUGCAUAAGGGAACGGAGUUCGAGAAGCAGCAGCUGCAGAUUGUGGACAAGCUUGAGCGAGCGCACGAAGACUUGGCCAGGCAAUGGCAGGAACUGGACAAUGAGCGGAAAAAGUCGACAGAGCAGCAACAGCAGCAACGAGAGCUCCUGGCAAAGGAACAAGCUGAGCUGGCCCAGUACUUCAAGGAGUUUGAGUCCGAGAUGGAGAGGAGAUACACAUGGCAGCAACAACAGAAGCAGGAGUUCGAAGAGCAGUGGCACGAAGAGUUGACGAAAAGAAGGCAGACUUGGACGAGCGAGCAUGAGAAAGAAAGAUACAAGUUGCAGGAAUGUUUCCACGAGCUCGAGGAGCAAUUCAAGGGAAAGCUGGCAGCAGCACAGACGAAAGCAGAGGAUCGCGUCAAAAGCCAGGAGACCACUGAACGGUCUGCAAGCCAAGCCGCAGAUUCAACCGCUACUUUCCCUAAUGAAGGGAGUCAAAGGCAAAGCAACCCGGGAGGCGGAGGCCCUUUCAUGGGGUCGCCGGACAGCGGCGAGCUGCUUCAGCCAAAGCUGGAUCCAGAGGUACGGGCGAGGCUCCUGGGCCUCACGCCGAGACAGGCACCGGUCGCCCAGGUCGCACGAGCCCCGCCACUGGCUCGGGUUCAAAGCACAGAAGCCUCGCCAUUGCAGGCUCGGGUUCAAAGAGAAGCCAUGACUCAGCAGACGGAGAUGAUUGCACAUCAAGCCUGUGGAGCGUGGGGCGCCUGCACCUGUGGACCCUCCUCUUCCGCGUGUCCCGGCACGGGCUCUGCGGGGAGCUCUGCAGCGAGAGCCGGCGUGGCGGUUUCGGCCGCGUGCGCUGCGGGUGCUAGACCGGUCCCCGCGGCCCCAGGGAUCCCUUUACGCCAGGGUGCCCAGCCAGGAACGGAGGUUUCGGAGCAGCCGUGGCAGGGAUCGCAUGAUGCCGCGCUUCCACGCAAGGUCACGUUCCUAGAUCCACCUGGAAGUAAUGGUGCCUUCCGGCGGGCCCUGCAAGGUCAGGGGAUCUGGGAAGUCGAAGACUCUCCGAAGACAAAGGAGGCGUCGGUGCCAGUGGAGCCCUUAGCCUCGGAGCCCUUGAGCGGCAGUCCCAUUCACGCAGCUCGCGCGGCGGAGGUGAGGGGUCAUCCGCGUGAUUUAACGAUCACAGCUUCGCUGGAUGAGGAUGGAAGCCAAAGGGUGGUUUCCAGCACCGAGGCACGAUCGAAUGGCCAAGACUCGAGGCAGGCGUACUUGAGGUUUCUUCGGAGCGAGAUGCUGGCACAGCAAGCUUAUCUUCAGGAGAUUAGAAGCGCCAGACAAGCGAAGAAGCAGCAUCUGAAUCUGUGCCCAGAAAGACCGACGCAGGUCCGCCCAUCAGCAGAUGUUUCGGGAAAUACAGGCGCUGGGCGGGCCCGUUCCUUUUCGCCGCGGGUUCAAAUUUUACGCCAGGGGCUUGCUGAAGUGGCCGACUUCAGCAAGCGUGUGCCCGCCCAGCCGUCUUCAGAGCUGCGACAGGUGAAGGUGGUUGAGGAGACGACCCAAGUCGAAAGAGGACCUCAGAGUACGAAGGCUGCUGACGGCAGUGCUUGGCACUGCAUGGUGACACCCGUCAAUGCUGGAGUGCGUGGCGCUUUGGAGGCUCUGGUGGCUCAGCAGGCUUGGUCCGUCCCGGGCAAGCCCCUGGCCUACACCUACUCGCUGGGCCGUGCGAUCCAGAACAUCACGCCUCCGGCAAGACAGCGCUUCGAUGCAGCGAUCUCCAGAGACUCGGCGCGCGAAGGGCACUUGCCGCCCUUACUCGGCUUCUCGCAGCGGGCCUUCUUCCUGGAUUCCAGCAGCAGGAUGUCCGAGGUGAUUUCGUCUCCCUUCGGCUUUGGCGCAGUCUACAAGGGCCCUAAGACGGCACUUCUCUUCGCAUUGGAAUUGAGGCAAGCCGAGCGGUUGAGCCAUCCUCGAUUGUAUGGUGCGCAUGCAGGUCGAGUGAUCCUGGCAGAGAUUGCGCUGGGACGUUGCCACACCGCGCGUUGCUCCCUGCAGGAAGCGGUGACGGGCCAGGCCGACGGUUCAGUCUCAGGUUUGGGAGGUUCCGUGCCUUUGGCAAAUGCCUUGGAAGUUGAGUACCAGCGCGGAGCAGACUCCGUGUAUUUCCCCAAAAUUGGAGUUGUGGCUCUUCUGAGUCCGUCUCGGGCCCUUCCAGUGUUUCUGGCAGAGUACUCUCGACAGCUUGUUGGACAAUGA